GCCAAUGAUGUCCCUCUAGCGGCGGCAACACUGUGGCAGCAACACCACGAUGCACCUGUAACCCCUAUGAACAUGUCUCACCCUGGCACUGGACGGGUAAACACGGAUGCACAAGUGCCUGUGUUUAUGGAAAGGAUCCUGUUGGCACUGAAUUCCAUCAAGGUGACACAGCAGACCCACUCUGAGUACUUUAGCUUGCUGCUCAGAACAACCGAAGAUGCCCCACUUGAUCCAGAGGGCCUGCCGGACUUGCCUUUUUCUACAGAACAGGACUUUGUGCGCUUCGACAAAGAGCUGGAGGUCGACAAGAGAGCAAGACUUCGUAUGAGACAACACAUGUUAGUUCAAGGAGGUGAUACACCUAAAGAACGGACCACCCGAAUUUUGAGAAGUAUACUAUCUUCAAGUGUCGCAGCCGAGUACAGCUGGUGUGGCGCCAAGGGAAAACGCAAGUUUUCUGAUCUCAACAUCUGCAAGCUCCUGUGUAGCACCCUCACCUACCGUCAAAACUUGGAAGAAGCCAAGGCAACUAAGAAGGACGUAGAAAAAGCAGGCAUGUCGUGGCUCCGUCAUGCUGCUGAGCGGGCAGCGGCAGAAAAAAAGUCCAUGGGAAGGAAGGACGGCACACCAUUUACACUAGGCUAA